AAGAUUCGAGCAUCAGGGAGCUAGAACGGAUGGAGUGACCUGGGCAUCUCUAUGUAUCCACGUGGCGUCACCCUGUGGUGGCCUCAGUGUUGCCAGACUUCAUACAUGGCUGCCGAAGGCACCCAGAGCAAGGGCCUCAAGAGAAGCGUGGCCAAGCAGACCUAGUCUCGGAGGUCAUCAGAAGUGAUGGGAUCGCUUGCACCAGGCUACAUUAGUGGGAGCAGGCACAAAGGCCCCCCCAAGUUCUUGGGAAAGGACACGGACUCUACCUUUUAAUAGGGGAGUGGCAAGAUUCUGGAAGAGAAUGUGGAAUGGAAAAUAUUUGGUGGCCAUUUUUAGAAACUACAACCUGCUAUAUUGCCUUAAGUUGAGCAUGGCAUUAGGCAACUGCAGAAGACUUGCGAGGUAGCCAACCACAUCCACAGCACACGAAUGACCUCCGCCGGCUCCUGUGGCAGAGCCAAGACCGGGGGAGCUCUUGGCGCACUUCUCUCCAUCGCAGUGUCCUCUCCAUGCGGUGGCCUCAGCACAGUGGAACUUCCUACCCGGCGGUUGAAGGCACCCAGAGGCCUUCAGCAGAAGACGUGAAGGGAAUCUCACCCCUGAUGAUACUAAUGGUGAUAAUUUACCUGAUGCUUCUGUUCUGGGAAAACGAGCAGAACGAGGAAGGAGAGGCGUCCACCAUAGAGCAUUUGCAUGUGGACUAUCCGCAGAGUGACGUGCCUGUAAGGUACUGCAACCACAUGGUCUUACAAAGAGUCAUCAGGGGACCUGACAAUACCUGCAAAAAGGAGCACGUUUUCAUCCACGAGAGGCCUCGAAAUAUCAACAGUGUUUGCCUCUCUCCCAAGACGAUGAAUUGUCAGAACCAUUCUGCCACUUUAUGUUUCCAGAGUUUGACAGAGUUCAAAAUGACAGUCUGUCAGCUCGUUGAAGGCACCAGAUACCCUGCCUGCAGGUACCAUAUGUCCUCCGUGGAGGGGUUUAUUGUUGUCACUUGUGAUAACAUGGGGCCAGUUACUUUCCAGAGAUACGUUAAAUAAGUUGAGACCACUGCCUGAGUCUGAGGGGGACUGGUACUCUCCUCUCUUGCAGACUUCUGUGUAGGGUACUGGUAUCGCUUUUCCCUGGGGCACACCUCCACCGUGGACGUGGGGUAAUGCUUCCUGUGAAUUGGGUAGCCACUAGCAAUUUGUCUCUCCUGGUAUGGCUAAGCUGGAAUCAUUUCAUUCUGCUUUAAUAAAAAAAAAGCUCUUCUGAAUUAAACCACAAA